CAGCCUUUUAUGCAUUUGUCCCCCAUACCUUCGUAUUUAUUAAUUUACUUUUUUUAUUUGUUUUUGCAUAUUGAACUUGUUUUUAGUGUAACUUGUACCAAGACAUUCCUAAGUUCAGUACUUGGCCAUGGCUGCUCUGAUCUGGCUUGUUUUCUGUGGUCAAAGUUUCCUCAUAUUAGGUCAAUUUGUGUCUUUUAUAAAAUGCACUCAACAUGUGCAAAGUUGUUUUUGUAGUUUGUCUUUAUGUUGCCUUGUGAUAUGCAAGCAAGUCUUCCUGGUUGUAUUCCUCUACUGCAACAACUGCUGUAGAUAUUUAUCAGGUCCUUCAUACCCAGCAAGAAUAAGCUGAUGUCAACUCAUUGUGGUGUGAAAGUACAUAGCAGAGAAAUUACAGUUACUAUGUGUAACUAUUUCACUGUAAAGGCAUAGUCCAGGUUGUCAUUAACUCUCAGGAGAAUUAAAUAGUGUUCAGAAGUGUAAUAAACUGGAUGAUAAAUUCACACGGCAUGCUGGGGUAUACUACACCUGUUUAUAAAGAGAAUAAAGUGUCAAUCACAAUACUGGUAAUGAUGUAAGAAUGCAGUGCUUUUGGUUAGUAUUUACAUGUUGACUUUUUAAACUAAAUUACAGAAUUAUUGUUAUUAGUGAUGGAACUUAUGACCCUUUUAAAGGAACCAAGUCGUCAAGAUCUGUUCACUUAAGAUUUAUUCAAAAGAGCCGCCAAAAUUAUACAUAAAAAAAACCCAAUCCAUUUUAUGCCUAAUGUAAUUUUAUAUUAGGUUUUUGAUGAUGAAGUUCACCUAAAAGUUGAGUCAUCUGUUUUUGAGUAAAAAACUACAUUGUCUUCUUCCAAAAUAAAGGAAUAAAAAUCUGUGUAUAUUUUCAUAAAAUACAAAAUUUCAAAUACCCAUAACAUUCUGUGGCACAAUUGUUUUGUGCAUUAAUAACACCUGGGUGGCGUUUAUAAUAUUGGAACAAAAUACCAAACAAAAUGUUACAGAGAAACAAUGUUGACUUGAGUUGCUUUGACAGAAACAAAAAUCUUCUUCUGUACCAUUAAAUUUAACAGUUAAGGCAAUGCAUUAAUGGUAAAGAACACUCAACACUGAACAUUAACCAAGGAGCAACAAGCAAGAAGAGACUUAGGUUUGUGAGAACACUCUGAUCACCUUCAUCCUCUCUUCCACUGCAUGAAGCCUGCAGCAUCGUCACAACCAGGACAUGUGAUGAAAACAGUGAGCAUUUAGAAUGCGCCCUGUGUGCUCAUCUUUUGUUGCAUUUGAUUUGUUUGGCAAUUAAAUAAGCAUAAUUUUAAAUUAAACAGAAAAAUUAUAGCUACUGCAGUGUGUGCAGAGCAUUGUAAGAAAGCGGAAUUGCGAAAAACAAAGGAUGGCUCUCAAUAACAGACACUUCAGUGUUAUGGCAACGAGUCCGUCAGAAGAAUCAGGUUUUCUGUGAACGUCACAUCAUUAAUUAUUAUUCUCUUGAAAUAUUCACUUGGUUUUAUGGUGUAGAGUAGAAAUAUAUGUUUCUCAAAGGGAAUGAGUUGAACGUUUCAGGCUCCUUGUUUAUUACACUUUGUGAUGUUGUUGAAGAAUGCAAGCGUUUUCAAAAAGACAUUGCUGGAUUUUUUGUUUCUUAAGCUGUAGUGGUUUUCCCUCCUUUCUUGACUUUUUUCUGUGGUUUUAUUGUCAAAUCUUGGAUUCUCUCAGCAAAGAACAUGUCCUGAUAUGAUUCAUCAAGGUUUUGUGCUAACUUAAUAUUCAUAUCUUAAUUUAUUUUGUUCCAAUAGUUUACUGUUAACUGUGUCACCAGGGUUUAUUUAUUUUGCAUUUUUAUUGAUAAAAAUCAUUUUAAUAAGAAAUCAGUUUAUAUUUGGAAUGCAUCAAAUCCAUUUAAUGUACUUCAUGUAGGAUAUUGUGUACAAAUUAUGAUUUUUAUAGGAACAAAACUACAUUAUAAACAGUUUUGUUAAAAGUUUUUGAGUUGAAUUUUGAGGUGUUUCGGUAGUUCGGAAAGUUAGUGCAUAUUCAAGUCUUCAACUUACUUUUUGUGGUAGAAAUAAACACGCUUUAUGUUGAAUAUAUAUGUCCCUGCUUUUUGUCUGGAUAUUUAUUUUAAAAUAUUUUGUUGACUUUGGAGCUUAAUGCAUGACUGCAAUUAAAUCCUACACAAUCAUCUCAGUUGUAAUUAAGACCAGCAAGGAAAAUAUUGCAUGGUUGCAAUAACAGUUGAAAUGUUUCAGGAAUAUAAACCACCUGUUUUCGUUGCCUGCUGCAUUUCUUUCAGCUUGGGGUAGAUGUAUGAUGUAUAUGUAGGUGAACAGAAAAAUCAACAUGUCUUUGAAAAACAAGCGGUUAAGACUUAAAUUGUAAGUUUAAUGUUCUUUGGAAGUAAAUCAAAUCUAAUGAAUGGACAAACAUUAGAAAUAACUAUUUUUGCAGCUAUGGAAGUCGAACAUGAAACAUCUGACAAAAAUAAAUAAAUAAACAUUGAAAAUGAUGAAGAUAUUCACCGUUGAGAAAGAAGGACUUUGUGGAUGCAUGAAAAAGUCAAGUGUACAUUGGAAUAGAGUUGGAUGAAUCAAAAGUAGAAUUUUAUGAGAUUAUUUUAAGCCAUAGAUCGUUCAUUAUUGUUAAAAAUUGACUUUAUAUUUUGUAUAUUCUUGGACACACUGAGCAUGUUUGAAGUUUUGGAAGAUUUUUUCUUCAACUUGAACCCACGGUGGCGCUAUAAAACAAGAUAAGGAUAUUUCAGUCCUCACUCGUUUUGCGCGUCUUCGUCAUACUCCUCUGGUCUAGUCGAUGAGGAAAAUCACAGAUUUGUGUCGUUGUUGGUUUUAGGAUUAAGAUGUUUAUUUUGUCGUCCACUGCUUUUUUCAUACUUACUGAAAUUAAUCAUUAAUGAUGAAUUCUGUGUUCGCCAUUGUUCUGUCGUGGGGAUAUUUUUUAUUCAUUUUUUGGAUCAACGUGGCGCAUGGAGACAUGAGCUAUUCUUUCCCGGAGGAGAUGAAACGAGGAUCAGUUAUUGGAAAUAUCGCCAAGGAUCUCGGGUUGCAGACAGGAGCGCUGUCCACCAGAAGAGCCCGCAUUGACACCGAGGAGAGUGAUAAACGUUACUGUGACAUAAACCUGAAGAGCGGCGAGCUGAUUGUGGCGGAGAGGAUUGACCGAGAGGAGCUUUGUAGCGAAAAGGCUUCGUGCAUCUUAAAGCAAGAGCUCGUUUUGGAGAAUCCUCUAGAGCUGCAUCGGAUCAGCCUUAAUGUUCAAGAUGUUAAUGAUAACUCUCCGCAGUUCAACGAAAAAUUGAUUAGUCUUGAAAUUCAUGAAUCGGCAGCGAGGGGAGCUCGCUUUGUGAUAGAGGAGGCUCACGAUGCGGAUGUAGGACAAAAUUCAGUUCAGCAGUAUAGCCUAGAAAAGAACGAAAAUUUCAUUCUGGCUGCUAAUGGAAACACAGUGGAGCUUGUUUUAGAUAAGGAGCUUGAUCGAGAAAAACAGAAAGAUAUUAAUAUUCUCCUUUCUGCUUUAGAUGGCGGAUCUCCUCAGAGAUCAGGUACAGUGGUCAUACAUGUAACUGUACUGGAUGCUAAUGAUAACGCCCCAGUGUUUAGCCAGGCCGUUUAUAAAGCCAGUCUGCCUGAAAACUCUCCUAUUGGUACUGUAGUGAUAAUAGUGAGCGCAACUGAUGCAGAUGAGGGAGUGAAUGGAGAUGUGACCUAUGAUUUCGGGAAUGUUAAUGAAGAUGUGAGAAAGAAAUUCAUGAUUGACCGCAAAGUAGGGGAAAUAAGUUUAAUUGAUGCUGUGGACUAUGAAGUUACUGCAUCAUAUGAAAUACGGAUUAAAGCAAAAGAUGGUCUGGGGUUGUCAUCUUAUGCUAAGGUUAUCAUUUCUAUCACUGAUGUGAAUGACAACGCCCCUGUAGUUAGUCUGAAAUCACUGACCAAUCCCAUACCAGAAGACACUCCAGCUGGUACAGAGGUGGGCAUCAUUAAUGUACAGGACAGAGACUCUGAGAAUAACCGACAGGUUCGCUGCUCCAUCCAGGAAAAUGUCCCUUUUAAGUUGGUUCCUUCUAUUAAAAACUAUUAUUCUCUAGUGACCACAGGACAACUGGACCGUGAACUAGUAUCUGAUUACAACAUUACAAUCUUUGCCACUGAUGAAGGCUCUCCUCCUCUGUCCUCCUCUAAAACUAUUCAGUUGUCUGUAGCUGAUAUCAAUGACAACCCACCUGUGUUUGAGGAACAGUCCUACAGCGCAUAUGUGAGUGAAAAUAACAAACCUGGCUCCUCUUUAUGUACUGUUUCUGCUCGAGAUCCUGACUGGAGACAAAACGGUACAGUGAUUUAUUCUCUGUUACCUGGUGAGGUGAACGGUGCCUCGGUGUCCUCCUAUCUAUCUGUUAAUGGAGACACAGGAGUGAUCCACGCUGUGAGGUCAUUUGAUUAUGAACAGUUCAGGAGUUUCAAAGUCCAAGUGAUGGCCAGAGACAAUGGUUCUCCUCCUCUCAGCAGCAACGUGACUGUCAGUGUGUUCAUAUCUGAUGUGAAUGACAACUCUCCUCAGAUAUUAUAUCCAGCACCAGAGGGCAGCUCCUUCAUGACUGAGUUGGUCCCCAAAGCUGCACAUGGAGGGUCUCUGGUGUCCAAAGUGAUAGCAGUGGACGCAGACUCUGGACAGAACGCCUGGCUAUCCUAUCAUAUAGUCAAAGCCACAGAUCCAGGACUUUUCAUUAUUGAUUUGCACAGUGGAGAAAUCAGGACACAGCGGGACAUUUCAGAAUCUGACAGCAUGAAACAGAACCUGAUUGUUGCAGUGAAAGAUAAUGGACAGCCCUCUCUGUCUGCCACCUGUUCAAUGUAUUUACUGAUUUCUGAUAACUUGGCGGAAGUUCCUGAACUGAAAGACAUUUCUUAUGAUGACAAAAACUCCAAGAUGACUUCUUACCUAAUCAUCGCACUGGUUUCUGUGUCCACCUUCUUUCUCACCUUCAUCAUCAUCAUUCUGGGUGUGAGGUUUUGUCGUAGGAGAAAGCCCAGACUGUUGUUUGAUGGAGCAGUAGCCAUCCCAGGAGCUUAUCUUCCUCCAAAUUACUCAGAUGUUGACGGUACAGGAACUUUACGCAGCACCUAUAAUUAUGAUGCCUACCUGACAACAGGAUCCAGAACCAGUGACUUUAAGUUUGUAUCAUCUUACAAUGACAACACGCUGCCUGCUGACCAGACUCUGAAGAAAUGUUUGAGUGAUUUUGUUGAUGCAUUUGGUGACAUCAAUGAUUCCCCUGAGGUAUGA